GCCGCAGGCGAGGGUCCGGCAGUGCCGCGGCGGAGGCAGGCUGAGCGGCGCCCUGCCGCAGCGAUCCGCCCGCGCGUCCACACGUGCGCGCCGACACAGCGCGCCGCCGCAACGCGGGCCCUUGCUUAACGCACACAGGAGACAUGGACGCGCUAUCCGAUGACGAUGAUUACACGUGCCGGGAGCCCCAGAUCAGCAGUCUGGUGACAACGAGAGGUGAUGCAGCUGUUGGAGCCGCGGUACAGAGAGUAGGAGCUGCCGUCGCAUGCGCAGUGGAACGAUUCGUGGCCGUGGGAGAAACUAUAGCUGAUGACAACCCAGACGUGCGGCAUAGUAUGGUUCUUGCGUGUAAAGAGGCGCGAUCAGCAGGUCGUGCAAUAGAGCGAGUAUGCAGCGGUACUGAUGGUGCGGGGAUGGUGUCAGCUGCGCGGGCGUUACUUGCGGCUGUGACUAGAGUCCUUCUUUUAGCAGAUAUGGUGGUUGUGAGACAAUUACUAUUGGCCAAGGACAAGGUGGCACGUUCAUUGGAUCGUCUGGAGUCGGUGUCCAACUUUGCAGAGUUUGUACGCGCAUUCACGGAGUUUGGCGGAAGUAUGGUGGAGCUUGCACGACUUACGGCGGAGCGGAGAGCAGAUUUAAGGGAUGAGAGACGGAGGGCGCAGGUGGCAGCAGCAAGGAAUGUACUUGAAAGGUCUACGCUGAUGCUUCUUACGUCAUCUAAGACAUGUUUAAGGCAUCCAGGGAGUGCAUCAGCGCGAGAAAAUCGAGAUACAGUUUUCUGUCAAAUGAGGCGAGCUAUGGAUCUAAUACAUUAUGUUGUACGAGAUGGACUUCCGGGACAUGAAGAGCAAUCACAAGAGUUGCAACCUUUCUCGGACAGUCAAGAACAGGCAGCUCAAUGGGAAGCAGGAACGGCGUUAGGUGCUUUAAGGGGGCUGACGACGCAGGUUCGGGCAGCAAGAGCAAGGGGUGGUGCUGAUGGAUCACGGAGAAGGGCCCUAGCGGCAACAUUGAGAGCUCUAGUCGAACGCACACACGACUUCACAGACUCCGCCUAUACCUCGCACGAACAUCGACAAAGGAUACUGGCCUUAGCUGAACGAAUAGCCUAUGAGUUGGAGAGAUUAGUGUCUGUUGCUGUCUCCUUAGAGGAACAGGGUGUAAGUGGUACAUUAGCAGCAUUGGAAAGCGCUUGUGCGGGUGCAACCAACGCUGCGGGUGAAUUAGAAAGAGCCUUAGUGGCUGCCGCCAGGGAUCAAGCGAGAGAUUUGGCUUCCCUAGCGGAACAGGCCAGAAAAAUAGCUACAGACCUCGCGCACAUAGGUAACCUUCGAAGAAAAAUAGCUAGUUCCUGUGGUGAGAGAGAAUCAGAGAGACUGCACAAUAUAGCCAGCCAGCUUCAUGAGCAAUUAGAUCAUAUAAUUGAGGUAUGCAAAUUACUUAGGCAUAUAGCGAUGUCGGAGACUCUUCAAGUUAGUGCUAAGUUCGCUGAAAUAAAUUUAAGGAUAUACGGCCCUCAAGUAGUGACGGCAGCUCGGACGCUCGCUGCCCAUCCGGGCAGUGCCGCAGCAAGAGAAAACCUCGAUGUGUUCGUAGAUAUGUGGGCGUGGCUCCUAGCUGAUGCCGCACGCCUAGCUAAAGAACUUUUAGAUUUAACAGACGAAAGACCCGAUAAACAACAAUAUAGUAGUUUACCUAGACCUGGUAAACACGGCACAACUAGUAAACCCUUAAAAGCAGUUCGUCUAGAUUCGGAUGAGCAAGCGAAAAUUGCCAAAUCGGGUCUCGAAAUGAAAAUGAUGUCCUCUGAGAUGGACGCUGAAACUGAAAAAUGGCAGGGCGCAGACGAAAAUAAUGACAUCGUGAAAAGAGCUAAGAAUAUGUCUUCCAUGGCCUUCGCUAUGUACCAAUUCACAAAAGGUGAAGGUCGACUGAAUACAACGCAAGAUCUCUUCACCCAAGCAGAAUACUUUGCAGAAGAGGCGAAUAGACUUUAUAAAAUUGUUAGACAGUUUUCGUACCAGGUUCCAGCAGGUACAGCAAAGAAAGAGUUGUUGGAACAUUUGGACAGAGUCCCAACGUAUGUACAACAGUUACAAUUUACGGUAAAGGAGCCAACGGUCGGGCGUGCCGCAACAUUCAGCAAAGUCGAUAAUGUCAUUCAAGAAACUAAACACCUCAUGAACGUUAUUAGCAAAGUUGUCACGACCUGCUUCGACUGUGCAAACAAGUACAAAUUGGACUUCACGGGGCUGUCCGCCGGUGGUGCAGGAGCGAGCCGGACGGCCAGGGACGACGAAGCCGGAGGCGGUGGAGGUACAGAUGCGAAGCCUGGAGGGAGCUCAUCAGAUACGGCCAUGUGACAGUACGGCAUGGGCCGGCGCGGCAAAGGCGACGCGCGCCGGACCAGAGUCAGCUUCCUACUGUUUUAAGUACUUAAACGUCUUAAAACAACUCGUCGCCACUCGGUUCAACAAGGGCAUGUUUAAAAUUACAUAUUUUGGUAGUACAAGAAAAAUAUUGGAAUUUCGCAGAUAUUGCAGAGUAAAUGAUAACGUAAGGUGGGACAAAAAUAUGACGAACUUGUUCUCUCGCUAUUCAUAGGUUUAGUUAGAAAUUGGAUGACAAUUCCUUGAGAGUUGAAACUAACGUAAAACCCAAUGUUUAUUUCACAGUAUUUGCGAUAUGUAUUUUUAACCAAGCCUUGUUCUAAGCAUUAUAUUCAUUAACCUGCGCCUACAGUCCUAAUUGAAUUAACUGACCCGUAAUGGGAUUAUUUCAUCGUACAAACUGUGUUAUUAAAUAUAAUGCUGUAAACCGAUAAAAAUGUUGAUAAUGUAUUUAAUAAUGCGCAUAUUUUUGCGAUUGUUAGAUGGAUUUCAGCAACUUAAUUUUAAGAUGGACAGUACGAUAUAGAAAUAAUUUUAAUACCACUUGCGACACACAAGAUCGUUGGUAAUUUGUGAAUAAUGCUGUAAGCUUAUCGUUAGAGCGCGGACACGCAAGGCUGUGGAACUAACAUACCUUAUAGUCUUAAUCUUCUUCUUUCUUAUUCACUGUUCUUCUUUCAUAGAGUAGAUCUUCUAAGCAUACACUCGCGUUACGAAUUUUCCAUGGUUAUAAUAAAUGUGAUCGUUAAUUAAGAGUGAAAACGUACAAUAAAUACUUGUUACACUAGAAUAUUGUUACACAAUGUUACAUAAUGAUACAAAGAAGCCUAUUUUUUUAAUUUUCCCUCUAGCUGACCUAAGUCCAAACCUGUGUAUUAUUCGUUAGGUUGAGAGUUCCUAAUUCUAAGUUUAAUCGCCGCUAUAUAUGCACCUCUGUGGUCCUGUUGCACCUUUGAGUUAUGCACGUUUGCUUUAUGUUUUCGUUGCAUCAGUUAAAACAUGCUACUUCACAAUCACAACACUUCCAUUCCGUGUUACAUGUCUAAUUGUAAAUAUAGCAAACGCCAUCGGACCGACAUUGCAUGAAUGUGAAUCGGAUAAACUAGAUGUGUGUUGCAUGUGUGUGACAAUGGAUGUCGUACUUCAUCUUGACGGGAAGACGUUUAGGAUAAACAUGAUGGAACUUGACUCUGGUGGUUUGCACCACCACGUCGCCAUGGAACAGAUGUUAUAUAGACCGAAUGAAGGAACGCAUUGGCAAGUUUAAUGUUGCAUGAUCUGUGUUUGCUAAAUGUACAUCGCUCGGCAUGUCGCUCGCCAUAAUAAAAAAAACAUAUCUACUGCUUAUCGGGGGUAAUGUUAUUUAGUGUUUAAGUGACUUCAAGGUUUGCAACUCGGAUAUCACGCUUCGCUGAGUUGCUUAGGCUAGAGCGAAAUGAUUUUAUACAUAUCAGCGACUGUAACACCAAUUUUUUUUUAAUAUUUAUACAUUUAUCGACGAAUAUACCUACCAGAUAUUACACUGCUAAAUAAAUUAAUCGAAAUACUUUCACGUGAAUAGAACAAUAAAGACAUUGUUAUUUAAUAAAUUUAAUUUCGACAUCAACUAUUGCUUUAAAAAAAGGCGUGAGUAUAUUCCUAUUUUGUAUAACUCAAAAGCAAUAAUAUAUUUCUGCAUAUCAAAGCUAAUAAUAUAAUAUAGUAUUAAUAUAGGAACGUAGAACUAUGAAAUUCGCUUUUCAAUUAUAUCUAAAACAUGCCUGUGUUCUAAUUCGAUCUGCCUUUCUGGGUCUAUAUAACUCUCGUUUCAUUAUUCUCGAUUUCAAUUUACCAGUUAAUACUUAAUAUAAGAUUAUCUACAUCGAUUUCUAAUUAAUCUUUAAAUCCUCUUAAAAUUAUUGUAAGUUAGCUUAAGUUCUUAAAAACGCCUUAAGUUUUAUUCACGAACAAUAUUCGAUUAAUGUAAAGAGCUUUACAAAGCUUUAUCAUAAGAGUUGUGAAUCGAAAUCGUGGCCACGUAACGUUUAGACUCAAGUUUAGAAUAGACCGCCUUCGAUCUUAAUUAUAAAUCUAAUUUUAUAAGAGUUUUCAUAUAGUUAUUCCGGUAAAGCAAGCUCUAAAUGACGGUUUGUAAGGCUUAUAUUAGGUACAGAUGCUAAGUUUGCAGUUCAACGUACAAAUCACGUUACUUUUCUAAUAUAUUUUUUAAAUACAUGUUUAAGUUCAAACGUAACAAAUACAGUGUACGUUAUUGACAAAUCAUGGCAUUAUGAACUUGCUUAUAACGUUGUAACUAUGUUCAUGACCAAUGUAAUUACCAUAAGCUAGAGAUUUGUAGUGCAGUAGGCUUAUACGGAUCGCAGACAACCUCAUGUUCAAAUUAGAUCGCUCGGUGAAUGACACAUACAAUAGCCGUCGUGCCUCUUAUAGUAGAUAUGGCUAGAUGCAAGCAUCGCCACGUAAUACCUUAAUUGUAUAAAUUUAUGUUUUGUGUACGUACAGAUGUCAAAUUUCGGCUUGUAUUUCGGAAGUGCUUAAUCAAUACAGUAUGAAUUUUGAGUAGGUAAUGUAAUAAAGGAUAUAUACACAUCUGUACGUGUUCAAGAAAAUUAAUGUACAAAUCACAUUACGUACUGCCUAUUGUUAGCAACACUAGAAUAUUAGAUACUUCAGCCUUUAGACGUGAGGUUCGAAUCGAUUCAACGAUACAAAUUUUUUUAUGAACAGGUUUAACUUUGGCUGUUACCUUUCAAUGAGAUUAAAUCGUACGUCGUCAGUAACUUGCGUGAAAUGCCACUUGGCUAAAGGCUGAGAUGUAUCGUAAAGGUAAUAUUACCACAACAGUGACUUCCAUUGCAUUUAUAACCAGCUAGAUAAGUGACGUAGAUAGCUAUACAGAUUUGUGAUAUUACGAGUUAAUUGAUAUUUAGUACAACGUCCUUUAUCGUUUCAAUGUUUAGAAUAGUGGGACACGAAAAGAACACCAAUAUAAAAUCAUAGUGAAUAGUUAUUAUACAUAUUUGGUAAAUUAAGAUAAUGUAUAGAGAGCAGCUGUUAGUCAAGAUGCAUGGUUUUUGCUAAUUAUCAAAUUUCUCUUAUUAAAACGAAGAUAUAAAUAGAUAUAUUCUGCGUUGGUCAAUAAAAUGUUUAAAAAAUAUUUACAAAAUAUCGCACAUUAAUAAAUUAAUUUAUUAAUAUUCUUAAAUAGAAAUUUAAAUGUCUGCUUCGAAUUCCGAUUUUAUAGAUUUCUAGUUUCUGAUAUAUAUUUGAAAUUAGGACUAGUGGGUAAUUGGCUUUCUAUUUAUUUUUUCUAAAGUAUAAAUGUUGGUAACCCUGAAGGAAUAAACCCCAGAAACGAAUGUAAAUAUUUAUGAUAGAUCGUUCUCGUCUACGCGUUUUGUGUCGUAUUUAAAUCAACUUACUAUUUUAAUAAGAGUGGAAAAUUAGAGUUGUAUUGUCGAAACUGUUGUGAUUGUUAUCAUAUACAAUGUUGCAUUUUCAUUAAAAUAUAGUAUAUUUUCAAUAGGGCUGCCAAAGUUUAAUAUGAAUAGACGUAGUCACGAUAUUUACGUCAUCAAAAAUUGAGGUUGUAUGUGGAAUAAUGUAUUUUAAUGUUUGAUUAUGAAGUUAUUAUGUGACUGCCAAAAUCGUUUAAGAAAUUAGACAUUAAAAAUAAUUAUACUAAAUUGUCAAAUUACUUAUACCGCGUUGGCAUGUGCAUAACUGUAUUUACUUAUUGAAUAAAAAGUAUUCGUAUUAAUGAAA